AUGGCCUCAGAUCUCCGGUAUCAGUUCUUACAGACCCUUUCUGACGAAAGUGAUGAUGACAAACACGUAAUUAUACGUUUGUACAUCGCGCUAGAUAAGGCCAACAUCAUACGCGACCGCUUUGUGAUCAAAAAGGUCACGACGGAUGACAGAGCCAUCUUCAAUGAGCGACAGGCAGUUUGCCGGAUCAUCGACACCCUUCCCAAUUCCGGCGCCAUACUAAAACACAGAUUCUGGUCGUGUCACGACCAUGGCGAGCAUCUCGGUCCCGAUUCCAAACCCAGGUACGAGGUGAAAAGAUAUAUGGACUUUUGCUCUGCAGGCACACUAUCCAACAUCAUCGAAGAAUACAGUGCGGGAAAAUGGCAGCAGGAUACCGACGACCAGAUUCCUGAACCCAUGUUUUGGAUCACUCUCAUCACAAUCUCAGAAGCAAUCUACAACCUGACGACCGGAUUGAUGUACACGCCGGGUAUGGACGAUGCAGCAGAAGCCUUUGGGUGGAUACCAAAAGUGCAUCGCGACAUCAAGCCCAGCAACAUCUUCCUGAUGGAACCCCAAGAUCCCUUCACUUCCUUCCCGCGACCUGUGCUAGCAGACCUCGAUGACAUGCUCGAGCUCUUCGGAUAUGAGGAGUAUACCAAGAAGUACCACUUGUUCACCCGAGGCUACGCAGCACCCGAGAACAAUAUCGAGCUGCACACCCUAGACCCCGACGCCCGAGGCUUCGGCUACUUCCAAAGGCAGCCGCUCUCCUGCAAAACAGACAUCUGGUCUCUGGGCACCGUACUCUGGGAGAUGAUGCACAGUUUUCUCGGUCCCCACAAGGCUCAAGGCCUUUGGCACGGGGGUGUCACCAAUACUUUACAUCCAGAUCCUGCACAAAGUCGCUUUCUCAAGCAUACCAUCCCUGUGCUGGCGCCCACGAUAGAUGAGCCGAACUACACGAGGGAUCUGAUAAGGAUAUUUGAGCUAUGUAAUCAGAGUAUACCCGCAAGAAGACCGACGGCGGUAGGCCUUAGGAGGUUGGUGGAGAGGAAGAUGAGGAGGGCGCAGAAGUGCUUGGGAAGUUUUGAGGGCGAUGUAGAAGAGAGAAUGAGGGUUAGGUAUAGGAAGGAAGAGUUCGGCAUGAGGCCCAACACUGGGCUUACGAAGAGGCGACGUGGUCAUUGGGUGUGA